AAUAUGUAUUGAUAACAACAAGUUCUACUUGGUCUUCGGCAUUUCAUUUUGUAACUUCAAAAGCACCGCAUGUAUUCUGUUUUUUAUCCGUUUCUUUAUUUUUUUAAUUAUUUUUAGUCGUAUCAUAUUAUUUUCAACUCGUGUGAUAAAAUUGUCGACGAAGGAUUUUGAAAAACGUUUAAAUUAUAAUUAAUAUAAUUUUUAUUAGCUUGAAAAUUAUAGUCUACGAUUAUACAUAAAAACUGUUAUGACUGGAACUCUAAUAAGGGAAUGCUCGAACGGGCGAAUGUGUAAACCACAAUCAGAUUUAACAGAUCGCUGUAAAGAAUUAAUCACUAUAGAUUCAUGCACAAAUUUCAACACACAACAUAUAAAAAAGCCUAGUUUAAAAGGAGAUGUGUUGAAUAUAAUUGUGCUAGUAGUUUUGUAUGUUUUGAAAGGGAUUCCAUUUGGAAUGUCAAAUGCUGUAAAGAUAUUACUGCAAGACAAGAAAAUUCCAUAUGAAGAACAGGCUGUAUAUUCUAUAAUUUAUUGGCCUUACACUCUGAAGAUAUUUAUGGCCCCUUUUCUUGAUUUAACGAUUUCGAAAAAAAUCGGUAGAAGAAAAAUAUGGUUAUUUCCCAUUCAAAGUUUAAUCGGAGGACUAUUAAUUUUUAUCGGAUAUGGAAUCCAAGACUGGUUGAAUGAUAAAAAUCUGAAUUUUAAAAUGGUGACAUCCGUGUUUUGUGUUUUACUGAUCUUGUCAGCUAUACAAGACACUGUAAUUGACGGAUGGGCAUUGGAUUUUCUCAAAAAAGAAAAUGUGGGUUAUGCUGCUUUAUGCAAUAACUGCGGACAUGCCAUGGGUGUUAUGAUUGGGUACGUGGUUUUGUUGCUGUUGGAAUCGGAGAGUUUUUGUAACAAAUGGUUACGUUAUACUAAGCAAAGUGGCGGAAUUGUAUCAUUUAAAGGUUUCUUUUGCUUUUGGGGUGUCAUGUUUAUCAUAGCUACAGUGAUAAUAGGAUUAUUUAAACACGAAAAAAAAAAUAAUAAUCCAACCAAAGUUAAAAUUUUUCAAGUUUAUGGGCUCGCGUGGAAAAUUUUAAAUUUAGAAACUAUAAAACAAUUUUCUUUUGUAGUUACGACCUAUGAAAUAGCGUUUGCAAUAGAAUCAAUAAUGUCGGCAAAAUUUCUAGAACAAGGUAUUACAAAAGAUGAUAUAGUUUUAGUUGAUCUAUCAUUAUAUCCGAUUGGAUUGAUAGUUGCAUUUGUAGUAGCAAAAUAUACGAUCGGCCCAAAACCUAUGAGUCUAUUUUUAAAAGUCAUGCCAUACCGAAUGAUUGUUGGGAUUUUAUCCGGUGUACUUGUUUAUUAUACACCGCAAUAUGUUUCUAAAGAUGGUAUUUCGUCACGUUAUUUCUUUCUAAUAUUUCAAAUAUACAAUAUUUUCCAAAGAGCUUUGAUGAUUAUUAUGCGCUUAUCGAUUUUGUCAUUCUUUUCACGUGUAAGUGAUUCUUCAGUCGGAAGUACUUAUAUGUCAAUAUUAAAUACACUUUAUUCUUUGGGAAAUGCUUGUAUCAAGACAACUUCAUUUGCAGCAAUCAGUUAUUUGACUAUAACUAAAUGUUCAAGCAAUGUUUUUUGUGAUAUUUUUAACGUUUGUAAAAGUUUUAUGGAAGAAUGUGAUAUUAUUGUUGAUGGUUACUAUGUUGAAAUAGCACUUUGUACAGUUCUUGGUACAAUUUGGUAUUUAGUCUUGUACAGAACUAUAAAAAAUUUACAGUAUAAAGACCUUCAAGAUUGGCAUGUCAAUAAGCAAACCUUAAGUAAAAAUUCACAAAAUGAAAAAGUGCAGACUAAAGAACCAUUUUCAAUCUGUCCUAUAAAUGUAAAGAUUUGUGGACAGACCAAGUUAACAAGUUCAAGAUACCUUAAUUGGUCUAUUCGAUUAGGUGUUCCUCUAGGAAAGAUCUUAACCAAUAAAAGGCAAUACGUUCAAUUGUUUUGACGGUCAUUUGAGAGUUUGAAUAGUAUGUUUUAAAGUGUUUUAUAGAUGUUAUUUAUCACUUUUGUUGUUCAAUCAUUUUAUUAAUAUUGUUUUUGUAUCAAUGUGAAUUAAUGCUUUAAACGGAGUCGUUAUAUUAUUUUUAUAACAUUAAGUUUGUUAUAAAUUGAAAUUGUUUUAUCAUUAUGUAUUUUGUUUUAAAAUUAAAAAAUUUCAUUCGGGUCACCAGAAGUUCCAUAAAUUUCUUUGUAAACAACAGACUAUUACAAUUUGAAGGCUGGAAAAAAAAAUUUUCUUGUUACAGAUUUUUUUUACUAAUCUGUCUCUGUUUUUUGUUUAAUAUCAAUAUUUUCAUAAAAAUGAUUUUACAUUCUAUCACCAUGAACUUUAUUUUUGACAUUUUAAUAUAACUUUUUCUUUAUUUAAAAUGUUAUUUAUUUAUUAUUAUUUGUAAUUAUUUUUCAAUAUUUUAUAAACUUCGGUUUUAAUAAUAUUAUAAUUUGGAUUUUAUUGCUAAAUUUAUAGUAUCCAAAUAGAUCUUUACCAAUUGUGAUAUUGACAGUACACUGUAAGUUAUAAUAUAAGUCUUGUUGCUGACAUAAUAUGCAAAUAAGAUAAUAAGAUGUAUUAGGAAGUGAGUAAAAGACGUAGUUUUACAAUUAGAAUAAAUUAUCGUAGAUAACAUCAUUCUCAAAGUACGAAUACAAUUUUGUCUCAAUAAUUUUUCUAAUACUAAAAUAAAUCAAGAUUAAGAUUUGAGUUAUUUACAGUAUUUUUAAAUUAUUAAAAGCAAAUCAGUAAUUUUUUUUAUCAAACUUUGUUCUUCUGUUAUUGAAUACGUACAAUUUUAAAUCAAAAUAACGGUCAUAAAUUUUAUGCAAUUUUUAAUCUUGUAAAUUAUAGGAGGAAUUGAGUAGCCAAAUAUUUUAUCUAUUUAGACUGUAUUUUUUAUAUUAAGGUCAAAUACAUGAGUCCUUUUAUUAUAUAAAAAUAUUAAUAUAUUAAAUAAUUGUUUUGUGUUUAAUGUACUAAUAAAUACAUUAUGUCAUUGUAUUUAAUAUUGUUAAUGCCUGUAAAA